UUUUGUUUUCCCCGACUGUAGGGGUUUUAGUGGAAGCGGUGGUUUGUCAGGAUGAGUUUUCUGCUGCCCAAACUGACCUGUAAGAGGGAGGUGGAUCAGGCAAUAAAAACCGUGGCUGAGAAGGUUUUGGUUCUCCGGUUUGGAAAAGAUAACGAUGCUGUUUGUCUGCAGCUCGAUGAUAUUCUUGCAAAGACUGCUCAUGACCUAAGCAAAAUGGCAGUCAUUUACCUGGUGGACGUGAACAGGGUUCCAGUGUACACCCAGUAUUUUGACAUCAGUUAUAUUCCAUCUACUGUAUUUUUCUUCAAUGGACAACACAUGAAGGUUGAUUAUGGGUCUCCAGAUCAUACCAAAUUUGUAGGAAGCUUCAAAACAAAGCAAGACUUUAUAGAUCUCAUUGAAGUGAUUUACCGUGGAGCAAUGCGUGGAAAGCUCAUUGUGAGAAGUCCCAUUGAUCCCAAUAACAUUCCUAAAUACGACCUUCUCUACCAAGGAAUUUAAUGGGUUGACCUGAGAUAAGGAAUUCUGGAAAUGGCCGAUGUUCUAGAUCCCUUUUUUUUUCCUUCUUCAAGCAUUUUUAGCCACUUCUGAGACCGUGGGACAGUUUGAGCAUUUAUGUUGAAGGAUCAUAUUGGUCUCCUUCUGAAGACAGACAUUCUGUCACCUCGUACUUCUCUUGUAAAUAAAGCUACAUGUUCACACACAGAAUUCACGUGACUGUUCUUUGAGUU